GGGAGGCGGCGGCGGCACCGGGGCCACAGCGGGCCCGAACCGGGGCCGGGCCCGCACCGGGGCCUUCCGGGGCCCGGGCCGGCCGAACCAGGGUCGCUACGGGGCCGGGGGGUGGCCCCGGCACCUGCAGGUACCGUGAGACCACCCGAGGGGCGCGGCCCAGGUGGCUGCGGGGGCUCCGCUGCCGCUGCACCGGGCCCGGGGCCUGCACCGGCGCGCCCGGAGCCGAGCCCUCCGUGAGGGUACGGCUGGGGGGAGACGGCCGGGGAGUCCCUGGGGUGGGGGGCGCAGCGCGGUGCUCCCGGUGGGCUCCCGCUAAUCCCCCGGUAACUCCCCGGUAACUGCUCGGUAAUGGCCCGGUAAGCCCCGUCCGCAGCCGGCGAUGGCGGGACGCGGCUCCGUGCACAGCCUGAGCAGCCUGCAGAAAACCGCCCUGCUCCUGGGCGUCCCGGCCGCGGCCACCGUGUUCUACAUCCUGUACCGGCGCUACCGGGAGAGCCGAGAGGCGCAGGUGACCCUGGUGGCAGACGAGGGGCUGGAGGUGGCGGUGAGGGUGCCCCGGACAGCCCUGAAAUCGCUGAUCGGCCGCCGGGGAGCCACCAUCAACCAGCUGAGGCAGGAGACGGGAGCCCAGAUCGACGUGGAGGAGGAGGAGGAGGAGGAAGGGGGGCAGUCCCUGGUGCAGAUCUCGGGCUCGCCGGGCCAGGUGUGCCGGGCCAGGGCGGCCGUGCUGCGCAUCGUGGCCGACAGCGCGCCCGUGGCCGAGCAGCUGCGCGUGCCCCAGCGGGCCGUGGGCAGGAUCAUCGGCCGCGGCGGGGAGACGGUGCGGGGCAUCUGCCGGAGCUCGGGGGCUCGCGUGGACUGCGGCCACGAGCCCGCCGCCGGGCUGGCCCCGCUGCGCGUCAUCCGCCUGCUGGGGACGCGCAAAGAGGUGGACGCGGCCAAGAAGCUGAUCAUGGAGAAGCUGUCGGAGGACAAGGCGCUCCGCCGGGAGCUGGCGCAGGCGGCGGCCGCGCGGUGCCCGCGGAAGCAGCCCCUGGGCAGCCGCCGGGAGCCGCCCGCCGGUCCCCCCGGGAGCCCCGGGGGCUGGCAGGAGUGCUGGGAUGUGGAACGGGCACCGGCGGCCGGCCCGGAAACGCCGGCGGGGAGCGAGGGGGUGGAGACGGGCCCGGAGCCGCUUGAUGGGGGCGAGGAGCCGCCCGUGGCCAAGUUCGAGGUGCCCAGCCCGGAUUUCAGCUUCCCCGCGGACGAGCACCUGGACGUGUACGUGUCGGCGGCCGAGAGCCCCGGGCACUUCUGGAUCCAGCUGCUGGGCACACGCAGCCUGCAGCUGGACAAGCUGACAGCUGAGAUGGGCCACUUCUACCAGAGCAGCCCCCCCGUGCCACCCCCGUCCGUCCGUCCCGGGGACAUCGUGGCCGCUCCGUACCUGGACGACGGCGAGUGGUACCGGGCGCGUGUCCUGGGGACGCUGGACAACGGCCACCUGGACCUGUACUACGUGGACUUUGGGGACAACGGCGAGGCCCCCCCCGAGGCUCUGCGGGCCCUCAGGAGCGACUUCCUGAGCCUGCCCUUCCAGGCCAUCGAGUGCAGCCUGGCCGGGAUUGUCCCCAACGGUGGCUCGUGGCCCGAGGCGGCCCUGGAGGAGUUUGAGCGCCUCACCGGCUGCGCUCAGUGGUCGCCGCUGGUGGCUCGGAUCUGCAGCUACGGCCGGGCCGGGCCCUGCCCGCGGCCCCGCCUGCGCCUCUUCACCCAGAGCCAGGGCCAGAGCCUGGACGUGGGAGCAGAGCUGGUGCGUUUGGGCUACGCCGUGCCCGGGCCCCCCGAGGAGCCCCUGGACAAUUUCGGCUGCGCCUCCACCCCGAGCCCGCCAGAGCCCGGGGACAGCCCCGGGACCCCGUCGUGCCUCAGCCUGCCCGCCGCCGCCGCCGCCGCGCCCGGGGACGCUGUCACGGUCACCUGAAGCUGCCCGUGCCCGGUGCCACCGGGAGCCGCUCCCGGUGCCACCCUUGAGGUGACCCGGGGGUCGCCCGCUCCCGGUGACCCCGUCACGGUGACCGGAGCAGCUUCCCGGUGCCACCAGCGCGUGCAGUCCCCUCUCCGGAGCCCUCCGCGAGGCCGGACCGACAAAUCGCCGCGAUCUCCGCUUGUGCCUCUUGUCGGGACACGACACGCCGGGACCGAGGGCCGGCGGUGCCCCCUUCCGUUACCGGGAGUUCCCGGUUCCCUCGCCUUGUUUUGCUGUUCCGUUGCACUAAUUGUGGUUCUGAGUUAAUAAAGUUGAAGGUUUCUCA